CAUAAAUAUUUGCGAAAAUAAAAAUAAGAAAGUAGAAUGUCAAUUACACUUGAUUUCGAUGCUAAGCAAUUAGAUAAUAAGAGGCCGCUGCAACUGCAUUACUUACCAGUUAAAAUCGAUGGCAACGGGGAAUGUGCAAAUGUGGAUAAGUUUUUCAAUAAUUAUACGCGGGAAUCUUCAGAAUAUGGUCCCGGCGUGCUAACAAAUUCACUAAGAGGUUAUCCUCUAGUGGGCAAGCGUGAAUCAGUGCCCGAGGGGUUUAAAGGUGUAGUCUUGCAAGAAACUGAUCCACAUCAGGAGCAACGUCAACUGCGUCUCACUGGCACCUUUGAGGAGUUUACGUACUGGAACUAUGACAAAGUACCCUCCAAAGGCGACGCAUACCAGCAGGCAUUAAUCUUGUUAGAUGUGGCCGAUGCGCUGGCAUCUCCCGUAAGCGAAGAACAACUCGAAGAGGAGCUGAAACGUUAUCAGCAAGCAAAGAAAGAAAACACAUAGAGAUUCGUGCGCUUACAGCGUUUAGUAUAAUAUAUGUAUAUAGUAUUCCAAAAGCUAAUCAGAUAUUUUCACAAAUCGUACUCUUUAGACUUAUAAUUUGUAUAAAAUAUUCAAAUAUAUAAA